AAAGGGGUCCAACGGUCGCCAGCAUCCAUUUCUAGGCAACCUCUCUCCCUCUCUUGAUCUGUCUCGCUCUCUCUUGCUCUGUAGCCCAAACUGUGAAAUCUACCAUGAACCCCAACUCGAUCUCCAAGGUCAGAGUCAUUGUGAGGGUGCGUCCCUUUCUCCCCCACGAGAUUUCCAGCAAGAACAGUGACCUUACACCAUGGGUUUCAGUUCUUGAUCAAGAUUCCGAGUACCGUGAAGAAGUCACCGUUUAUCUCAAAGAUAAAGAUACCAGCCGAAAUGAGUGCUAUCGGUUGGACUCUUUCUUUGGCCAAGAGGACAACAAUUUGGGUUCGAUCUUUUACAAAGAAGUGAGCCCUUUGAUUCCUGGAAUUUUCCAUGGCUACAAUGCAACUGUGUUUGCCUACGGGGCUACAGGCAGUGGAAAGACUUAUACCAUGCAGGGCACUGAUGAGCAGCCAGGUCUGAUGCCGCUAGCCAUGUCUACAAUUCUCUCAUUGUGCCAAAGCACAGGAAGCACAGCAGAGAUGUCGUACUACGAGGUCUAUAUGGACAGGUGUUAUGAUCUUUUAGAGCUCAAAGCGAAGGAAAUAGCGAUUUUGGGUGAUAAAGAUGGGAAAAUUCAUCUUCGGGGACUAUCUCGAGUCCCUGUAAAGUCAAUGUCCGAAUUCUAUGAGGAAUUUUCUCGUGGGGUUCAGAGGCGGAAAGUCGCGCACACAGAUCUCAACGAUGUCUCUAGCAGGAGCCACGGGGUGCUUGUGAUUUCUAUUUCCACUCCUUCUGGUGAUGGCUCUGUAGCUGUUGUUACUGGGAAGCUCAACCUCAUAGACUUGGCAGGUAAUGAAGAUAAUAGAAGAACCUGCAAUGAAGGGAUUCGUCUCCAAGAGAGUGGCAAGAUCAACCAGUCCUUAUUCGCAUUGUCAAAUGUGAUUUAUGCACUGAACAAUAACAAACCACGCAUGCCCUAUAGAGAAAGCAAAUUGACCCGAAUAUUACAGGACUCUCUUGGUGGAACAAGUCGUGCUAUAAUGGUUGCUUGCCUGAAUCCGGGAGAGUACCAGGAAUCCGUUCAUACUGUCAGCUUGGCUGCCCGGUCCCGGCACAUCUCCAAUUUUGUAUCUUCAGCUCAUAAGCUUGAGACCCCAAAGGAUAAAAUGGACAUGGAGGCCAAACUGCGCGCUUGGCUUGAAUCUAAAGGCAAGACAAAGAGUGCACAAAAAUUUGGAGCAUUCAACUCUCCUUUUAUGGGCAAAACUCCAAGUUCUGUAAGCUCUAUUAAGAAACCCAGUAUCUUUCGUAGCUCUGUGAAAGCAAAGGCUACAACCAACCAAGCUGCUUCUGCAGCAAAAGAAAGGUUUAUUCCUGAGCCUGUCAUGAAUUUGUUUAACAAUGAAGGUCCAGUGGAUGCCUCCAAGGAGAUUGGGCAAGUUGCUGGUAUGUCAAAUAAGGAAGAGGCUGUGGCUGCCGCUGAUGGAAUUCUAUCAGAGUCAAAUACGUACUUGCCCGAUGAACCAUCUGAUAAAGAGGAGAAUAUGGCAUCUGCUGCUAACGGUGUUGAGGCAUCCCCAGUUAUGACAAAUGCUUACUUGCCCGAUGAACCAUCUGAUAAAGAGGAGAAUGUGACAUUUGCUGUCAACAGUGUUGGGUCAUCCCCAGUUACUGAGAAGACAAAUGCACUGCAGAGUUCUUCAAGAAAAGUUCUUUCCCAAAUAGACACCAAUAUAAAUCGAAAACCCCUCGAGGGACUCACAUCCACAGGCCAACCAUGCCCAGAUUUCUUUGAGCCAAUUACUCCCAAAAGAACUUUUAUUGAUACCUCUCCAAACAAGCUGCAAAUACUUGGCACCCCACUUGAUAAAUUCAAUGCACAGAGUUCCAAUUUGAAGAGCUAUCUUAUUAAAGAAUAUAUUGACUUCUUAAAUAAAGCUAGCAAAGAGGAGCUGCUAGAGUUAAAGGGGAUUGGAAUAAAAAGGGCAGAGUACAUAAUUGAACUCCGAGAAGCAAGCCCAUUCAAAUCGUUGAGUGAUUUGGAGAAGAUAGGCCUUUCAUCCAAGCAGGUUCACAACUUGUUCACCAGAGCUGCAAGAGGAAUUUUUGAUAGACCAGCAGAUUCAACUCCCAGUUGUUCAGGUUCACAGAUUUUACAGCUUUGAAAACAACAUCGAGAAUUUAAUAUUCUUCAUGUGCUUUUUAUUCAAGUCUUUGUAUCUGUAGUUAUUAGUGCUUAUUCAUUCAGUGGAUGGGAUUAACUUGACAAUAGCAACCUACUUCCAAUCCUAUCUUCUAGAACUUCUCAACUGAAUUAAUCGUUAU